UUCCCGACGGCGCUAGGACCCAGCGAAGUCCCUCAGCCAGGUUCGCGGAAAGGCAGCCAGACUCCUCCUUAUCUCCAGUGUCAAACUUGACAUCAGUCUGAGAGCGGAGCAUGGUAACUUCUCCAGCAAUCAGAGCGCUCCCUCUCACAUCAGUGGCAUGCUUCGUGGAGAUAUGCUCCUCUCACUGCCCUCUGCACCAGCAACAUGGAUUGUCAACUCUCCAUCCUCCUCCUUCUCAGCUGCUCUGUUCUCAACUGCUUCAGUGAACUGACUCUGCAACCUUCCAACGAAGACCAUUGUUGGAGUGGCUGAGACACCAUUCCUGUGAAAUACAUUUCGCUGAAUUUAUGUCUCCUAAAAUUUAAUCUGUUGGAUUCAAAAACAAUUCAAGGGGAAUUGGGCUGGAUCUCUUAUCCAUCACAUGGGUGGGAAGAGAUCAGUGGAGUUGAUGAGCAUUACACACCCAUCAGGACUUACCAGGUGUGUAAUGUCAUGGAUCAUAGUCAAAAUAAUUGGCUGAGAACAAACUGGGUGGCCAGGAACUCAGCUCAGAAGAUCUAUGUGGAGCUAAAAUUCACUCUGCGGGACUGCAAUAGCAUUCCAUUGGUUUUGGGAACUUGCAAGGAGACUUUCAACCUGUACUACAUGGAGUCUGAUGAUGAUCACGGGGUUAAAUUUCGAGAGCACCAGUUUACAAAGAUUGACACCAUUGCUGCAGAUGAAAGUUUCACUCAGAUGGAUCUUGGAGAUCGUAUUCUUAAACUCAACACAGAGGUUAGAGAAGUGGGUCCUGUCAACAAAAAAGGAUUCUACCUGGCUUUUCAAGAUGUUGGUGCGUGUGUUGCUUUGGUGUCUGUGAGAGUGUACUUCAAAAAGUGCCCAUUCACAGUGAAGAAUCUGGCUAUGUUUCCAGACACAGUACCCAUGGACUCCCAGUCUCUGGUGGAGGUUAGAGGUUCUUGUGUUAACAAUUCUAAGGAGGAGGAUCCUCCCAAGAUGUACUGCAGCACAGAAGGGGAAUGGCUUGUACCCAUUGGCAAGUGCUCAUGCAAUGCUGGCUAUGAAGAAAAAGGCCUUAUGUGUCAAGCUUGUCGACCAGGGUUCUACAAGGCUUCUGAUGGUGACUUGAAAUGUGCCAAGUGCCCACCUCACAGUUCUACUCAUGAAGAUGGUUCAGUGAACUGCAGGUGUGAGAAUAAUUACUUCCGAGCAGACAAAGACCCUCCAUCCAUGGCUUGUACCCGACCUCCAUCUGCACCAAGAAAUGUUAUCUCUAAUAUAAAUGAGACCUCGGUUAUCCUGGACUGGAGUUGGCCCCUGGAUACAGGGGGCCGGAAAGAUGUUACCUUCAACAUCAUUUGUAAAAAGUGUGGGUGGAAUGUAAAACAGUGUGAGCCAUGCAGCACAAACGUGCGCUUCCUCCCUCGACAGUUUGGAGUUACCAAUACCACUGUUACAGUGACAGAUCUCCUGGCACACACCAACUACACCUUUGAAAUUUACGCCAUUAAUGGGGUUUCAGAGCUGAGCUCAGCACCCAGACAGUUUGCUGCGGUCAUCAUCACCACUAACCAGGCUGCUCCAUCGCCUGUCAUGACGAUUAAGAAAGAUCGGACAUCCAGGAAUAGCAUCGCUCUGUCUUGGCAAGAACCCGAACAUCCUAAUGGCAUUAUAUUAGACUACGAGGUCAAAUAUUAUGAAAAGCAGGAACAAGAGACAAGCUAUACCAUUCUGAGAGCAAGAGGCACGAACGUUACCAUCAGUAGCCUCAAGCCUGACACUGCAUAUGUCUUCCAAAUUCGAGCCCGAACUGCAGCUGGAUAUGGAACCAACAGUCGCAAAUUUGAGUUUGAAACUAGUCCAGACUCUUUCUCCAUCUCUGGUGAAAAUAGCCAAGUAGUAAUGAUUGCCAUUUCAGCGGCAGUAGCAAUUAUUCUCCUCACUGUCGUCACCUACAUUUUGAUUGGAAGGUUUUGUGGUUACAAGAAGUCAAAACAUGGCACAGAUGGAAAACGACUUCACUUUGGGAAUGGACACUUAAAGCUUCCAGGUCUCAGGACAUAUGUUGACCCACAUACAUAUGAAGAUCCUACCCAAGCAGUUCACGAGUUCGCUAAGGAACUGGAUGCAACCAACAUCUCCAUUGAUAAAGUGGUUGGAGCAGGUGAAUUUGGAGAAGUAUGUAGUGGUCGCUUGAAGCUUCCUUCAAAGAAAGAGAUAUCAGUGGCCAUAAAGACUUUGAAAGUGGGUUACACAGACAAACAGAGGAGAGACUUCCUGGGAGAAGCCAGCAUUAUGGGACAAUUUGAUCAUCCUAAUAUCAUUCGAUUAGAAGGAGUUGUUACUAAAAGUAAACCAGUGAUGAUUGUCACAGAAUACAUGGAGAAUGGGUCCUUGGAUAGUUUUUUACGUAAACAUGAUGCCCAGUUUACAGUCAUCCAACUAGUAGGGAUGCUUCGAGGGAUAGCAUCUGGUAUGAAGUACCUCUCAGACAUGGGCUAUGUUCACCGAGACCUUGCGGCUCGGAACAUCCUCAUCAACAGUAAUUUGGUGUGUAAGGUCUCUGACUUUGGACUUUCACGUGUUCUAGAAGAUGAUCCAGAAGCUGCUUACACAACAAGAGGAGGGAAGAUCCCUAUCAGGUGGACAUCACCAGAAGCUAUAGCCUAUCGCAAAUUCACAUCAGCCAGCGAUGUAUGGAGUUAUGGGAUUGUUCUCUGGGAGGUGAUGUCCUAUGGAGAGAGACCAUACUGGGAGAUGUCCAAUCAGGACGUCAUUAAAGCUGUGGAUGAGGGUUAUCGACUGCCACCCCCCAUGGACUGCCCAGCUGCAUUGUAUCAGCUGAUGCUGGACUGCUGGCAGAAAGACAGGAACAACAGGCCUAAAUUUGAGCAGAUUGUCAGCAUCCUGGACAAGCUUAUCCGGAACCCAGGCAGUCUGAAGAUCAUCACCAGUGCAGCAGCAAGGCCAUCAAACCUUCUUCUGGACCAAAGUAAUGUUGACAUCACUACCUUCCGCACAGCAGGUGACUGGCUUAAUGGUGUCCGGACAGCACAAUGCAAGGAGAUCUUCACGGGCGUGGAGUACAGCUCUUGUGACACUAUAGCCAAGAUUUCCACAGAUGACAUGAGAAAGGUUGGUGUAACUGUGGUUGGGCCACAAAAGAAGAUCAUCAGUAGCAUUAAAGUUCUAGAAACACAGUCAAAGAACAGUCCAGUUCCAGUGUAAAGUGCUAUUUUGGGAUGGAAGCGGUGACUCUGGAAGAUAUAGCAUCACUUCGAAAACGUACGAUAAUGCUGGAAAUGAUGGUGGAACUUCCGAUACCAAUAAGACACUCUGAUCUGAGUACAAAUGCCUUAAAAAUGGAAUUGAAAAACUCUCUAUUUUCCCCUAUCAUUUGGUGGAUGGGUGGGUAGGAGUAUUUUGCAUUGUUAAUUGCUUUUUAAAAUUAGUUUAUGGAUGAUGCUAAUAAUUCUUCAAUAUCAGAUGAAGAAUUAGUAUAAAGCCAUUAAUCAUAAACUGAUUAUCAUCAAAGCAAAACAAGUGAAAUAACAAAAGGAAGACAGUGGCUCUACUUACUAAUAGCCACAAGAGAAAAAGACUUUCAAUAUUUUUUAUACACAGAAGAAAUCUGUUGCAGGUAAUUUGUUUCUUCAAAGGCAAGCAAAAUAGAGGAAUUUAUACCUCAAACUAUCUGGCCAUAUUUACUACCUUUUCAUUAUAUUAUUCUCUUUUUUCUUGACAAAAGCAUCUAGAAGUAAAGUUUGUAGUUAUUUUAAGUACCACACAGUUUUUUCAUUGUUAGUUUCCUUAAGUAUUAUCAUGUAAAAACGUGUCUUAAUUUUUUAAGAAAGUGCAUAUUUAUUUUCUUUUAAAGUGUUUUAUUGUUUUCUAUUUAUGCCUUGAUAGUGAUUUUGGAUUUGUUACAGCCAAGUGCCAAAUGUUAUUUCAAACUGUCAGCAGAAAGAAACAUGGUAAACUAGACAUGGAGAAUGCUGGGUUUCUAUCCAGGUUUUUUGACCCAAACUCUUACAUGCGUCUAUAUCUCUCAGUCUGCCUAUAUACAGAUGAAGAAAGAAACCAAACCCUUCUUCAUUUACCAACCAAAUAUGAAAUAACCUGAAUUACCCCAUCCAUUUCAUCUCUCCUAGAUUAUAAAUAACAUGCUCUCUCAUGUAAUAUACUGGCUUGUAAGUAACAGAAUCUCAACAACUUACAAACCCUGCUCUGGUGCUUAGGAGGUCAACUCCCUCCGUUGUAAAGAGCUAUACUAGAGUUCCUAAAUAAAGAGAAGCUACACUGGAAAGAAUUAGGUUCUUAUUUAGAUUACUGAAUCAAGUAGCAACAUAAUCUGUAGGCCAGCGCAUGAAUCAAAAUAAUAACUGGUGUUGAAAUGUCGGUAAUACCUUUGCUUUACAUUAUCGAGUUGUUUAUUUCAUAAUAGUGCUACCGAAAUUUCUAAUCUGCUUCACUGGGGCUAAAUUAAAUUAAAUAAACAUGGUGAAGACUGAUAGCAGGUGUCAGUAACUUGAGGUGUGUUCCACUGAAGUGCAUCUGCUAGAAUUGUGUAUGAUUUAAGAGCAUCUUUGUCUUUAUUAAACAUACAAUUUUUUUAAUGGCUGGCCAUCUAGAAAAUGCCUCAAAACCCGUUGACUGUAUAGAAUUUCUCUAAUGCAGAAACAUAGACUUAACAUCAACUAUAAACAUACACAGUAAUGUUUUAAAUAUGUACCUUGUGGAGAUUGAGUCACUAAUAUAUUAUGAAAUAACAGUAAGCCCUAUCUACAUAAUUUCUAAUGCUGAUAUUGAUGCUAUGAAAAUAAGUGCAUAUGUCACAAGAAAAGAAUGACAAAUCAACGCUGCAACUUUUAUGUUCUUAUGAACAUGGAACACUGUACAGACAAAAUUGCAUAUCAAAAUUUACAAAUAUGAAUCUAUUAUCAAUUUACUGUGAUGAGGCUUAGUUUGUGUUCCUUUAGGUAUGCAAUUAUUUUUCAAGUUUUGGCAGUACACUUUAUAAUAAAAACAUACUGCUAGAAUUCUUUAUUGGAUACAUAAGAGCAUGAAUUUUUCAAAUAGAUAUAUGCAAUUAUGAAGUCAUCUACAAAAUCCACUUAAUUCUGCUAGAAGCCAUUAGAAAAUAAGUUUAAAACAUUUUUUUUUAAAUAAAACCCUUUCCUUUGUGGAAUGUUUGACUGUUUGAAUCAAGUUUUCCCUCAUUUCCCCCUGAUUAGUAUACCAUUCUGAGCAUUUAUAUCACAUGUGCCCUUCAUGACUUAAUAGAAGGUGAGGAUUACUAAAUCUAUUUCACUUAUUUUGGCUGUUGUCUCCAUCUGAAGGUAGAGGCUUCAUACACCGUUUAUUUUUAUUUCUUUCUUUCCUUUUUUUCAAAGCUACAUUUUACUCUUAUCAGUUCACACAAUUCUUACCCUGUACAUAUGUAAACAUGCAGUGUACGAUUCUUAACUUUAGAGUAGAGGUACUAGAAUACUAUGGCUAUCUUUUUGUACAGAAACAACAUUGAGUUUUCACUAAACAUAAAGUCACAAUUCCUUUGCAACAUUAUGUACCAUACUAUCUGUUUUGUAUCUUAAUUUUGAUUUACAUAUAUUAUUUAUUUCUGAUAAUUUGCCCAGUUUAUGCUGUACUAGGUAUCGAUGAAGCCAUGUAUAAAUUUGAUAUGAUUGACAGUGUUUUUACUUUAAAUUUGUAUUUGCAAAGGACUAAUCAUUUAGUUUAUGUUGUACAAUGUAGAUGGCCUUUACUAAUGUAAAAUGAUUUGUAGUGGAAACAUUUAUAUUUUUAUAAUAAACAUAAUGAAAAUAUUUUUUA